UUCAGUCAGAUAACAAUUUCCGGCGAGUUAGCCGGAAGUUGGAGCAAUGGCCGACGUGAGAAUGGACGAUGACCUGUUUGGUAGCAUUGUGUUUGCAGAAGAAAGGUUCCGAGAUGAAGGCUACCGGGAAGGUUUUAAGAGGGGGACCCGCCGAGGGCUUCAGGACGGCCGCAGACACGGAGCUUGUCACGGGGCCCGGCUGUCCUGCGAGAUGUCCUUCUAUUACGGCUUUGCAAUCACGUGGAAAUGUGUCCUCCAAAACAACAUAGAUGGCAAAUCAAGAAAGCGUGUGAAAGCACUGGACGCCCUCCUUGGAAUGAUCCAAAGCUCUCCUCUUGAUGAUCCGCACUCUCAGAAGCUACAGGAUGACAUGGGCAAGCUUCGAGCUAAGUUCAGACAGGUCUGCUCUAUGCUCAGUGUCCCAGCUGACUUCAAGGAUUACAUCAGCGUGGCUGAAGGCACUUCAUUCUAAGUCUGUCUUGAUGGUGAACCAGAGCCGACCCAGCGCCCAGACACAAGGUGGAAGCUGAUUUGAUGUCAGCCUUGAAUGCCCCAGCAGAUAUGGUCUGCAGUGGAUUCAUCUGAAUGCUGGGAGUGUGAGACAGUGACAAUCAGACAAGAAUUGUGUGAUCUUUGAUGAUGUAGAAAAUGUACUGUCACUACAGACCCAGAAACAGGAGUUUGAUUGAUUGAUUUCCUACAAAUUGAUUUAUUGCAGUUUUUUAGUUGACUACAGAACUAAACAUCAGGACAGUAAGGCGGUGAAAGUUGUGUCCUUAAACAUGUAACAUUAGAUUUGAUGAAAUAAAUAAGAUUCUUUUAA